AUGGCGCGGUCGCGCUCCAAAGCUCCCGCAAGCGACGAUGCUGAGACCAUCCGAGUUUCGAUUGUUGGAGGAAACUCCACAGAGCGAUUGAAAGCGUUGCAGGAUUUGAUUUCUCUGUUCACGAGAAAGCUUCAAGGCUCGACACAGCUGCCGCUCGAUGCCAAAGCAUAUCACAGCCUGGUCGAGGCCCUGUUCCAGUGUUCGCUCUCUGAAAAGAAGAGCUACCUGAGCAACAAGAGGACGACAAAGAGCACGGCUGAGUCUCGCCUCGUAGCAAGUGCCGAGGCUCUGCGGCUGGCCGUCAACUAUGGUGCUUCUGGUCUGAAGCGGAAGGUCGCCCGGGCCAUCGUGGACCACAUUACACAGACGCUCCCCGGCCGUGACCACGAGUUUGUCGAGCCGAUCCUGCAGGACUACACCAAGGCAUUGGUGUCUCUCCUGAGCCACCCGGCCAAUGUGGAGCAGCUCGGUGCCAUCGAUGGCGAGGGCUGGCUGGCGUGUGCGGAUUUCUUCGUGGACGCCAUUGACCGCUUUGCCGAGGUGCCCGAUCGUGAUGCCGUGGCCUACGUUGUGCUGUCUCGUGCCUCGCCGGCGCCGGGCACACUUCCGCUUUCGGCGGGUCAGGGCCGUUCUGGCACUCUAUCCAAAGCGCGGCCCUCGUCCCAGGCGUCUAGCAAAAUUCUGGAGACGCUCGUCCAGGGUAUGUACCACCUUGUCAGUGCCUCGAACGCUCCGCUCAAGUCCAGAGCUUCGCAGCUCGCCAAUAUGGCCCUCCGUGUUCUGCAAAUGCGGCAACUGGGCGUUGGAACGCUGCAGCAGACAGCCUGUGCGUCCGUUCGGUGCAUUGUACAGCACCUCCAGGGCGACGACGUUGCUUUGGUGCAGGGCAUCGUCCGUGACAUCAUGCCUCUUUUGGGCCAUUGGUGGCAUCCGCGCUCGUCGGCCAACCAGAGCGAGUCUGUCAACUCCAUCCGCGAGGAAAUUCUGCGGACGAUAUACACGUUGCAGCUACAUAUCGAAGCUCUGGCCAUCCAGUCGCCAACCAGCGGCAUUCUUGACCAUAUCAAGGACGUCUUGGACAGCCUCUGGAUGGAGUAUUCGAAGCGUGACGAUCGCACGCGGCUACAAGUUGUUGAAAUUGCGUUUUCGUACACACCGACAAGCUGUUUUGACGCUCGUGUCUUUGGACUCGGCACACACGACGUGUCCGCAGAACGACGCUGGGCCGUCGUGGAGGUCAUUGCCCUUCUGGAGGCCAUCUAUGCUCGCCAUACAAGGCAGCCAGCCGAUCAUGGUGACGGCGGUGCAGACGACCAGCCCCGAAAACGACGGCGCGUGCACGAACCGCCGAGCCGCAUCCGGAGUCAUCUGGCCUCUCCAGAUCCGGGAACAAAAUUGGCUGCACUCCAAGUCCUGCCUUUCUACUUCCAAAUGACCGAACUACCAGUGGACGAUCUGGCGGAUAUUCUCCAACGCCUUGGCCAGUAUAUAAGCGACAAACAAGCGGUUGUUUGCUCAUGGGCCAUGACCGCCUGUUCGAGCUGUGCCUUCCAGACCCACGCAAGAGACGCGGCGCUUGCUGGGCUCUGGGGCCAGGUCUGGCAGAUUGCUGUGCGCUCUGUCAGUCUCACGGCGACCUGUCGUGCUGCCUGCGCCCUAGUCCACACCAUUCUGGAAACGGAGUUGAUCCCGUACCAUGCGAUCGGGGACGACGUCAACAAUCUGGUUACGGCCGCCGAAGUUAGUGGACCGGCUCUUCUUGUCGACUCGUCCCUGGUCUUGAUGAUGCACUUAUUUCAUGUCCGCAAUACGACGCUUCCCAGUGCCAGCGAGACAACGUCGAAUAACAUCACCAGGUGGCUCUUUUCGCGAUGGAAGCCCGCUGAGCAUGGCUUUGCGUCUCUAUAUUCCGCCCUCACCCCGUCCUACGACAUUAUCAACCUGAUCAACAUCUGCAUAGGCUCACCUGUCCAAGAAAUCCAGCGCCCCGUUGAGAUAUUCGGCGGCCCCGUCAAGCAGACCUGGCAGGACCAGGAGGAGAGCGACGACAUGAUGAGGUAUCUAUUGCUGCUUCCGCCAAAACCGUUCAAGCGCUCCAAGCAUGCUACCUGCCAGUAUUCGUCCGGCACGACGACCAACGCCACGUCCCAGUUCCGUGACCCAGCCAGCUCCAACACCGCCAGAAAGGCUGUUCUCGAGUUGCUGCAGCCCAACUUGGAUGAAUUCGUCCAAAUGGCCGAGGCGUGGACCCGGAAAGGUGGCGAGAACAUCUCUCAGAUCUCUGCGCAGCGAAUGCAGAGCCUGGCAGACUUUUGUGUCGUUUGUGCCGCACUCGCCCCGCAACUGAGUUCUGUCAAUUCCAGUCUUGCGAGAGACUUGGAGCCAGGACUGCUCAAUCUGGUUGACGCGACCUUCAAGGCUCUACACGAGGCCGAGCAGAACCAGGCAUUCUUUGAGGUUUGGCUGUCGGCCGUCUACGCGCACCUGCCGCGAAUCUCGGCUGCUGACACGGAGCGGUUUGCCAAAGAGCACCCCGUCUUGUUAAAACUCGUGGCCCAGCUCUCGCAAGCCAUUGACGAAGAAAACGCCAAGCAGUCCUCCCUCUCAAACGACGCUUUCAUGGAAAUCGACGACGGCUUUGAGUCAGCGAUUAGCCAGGGCAGUGUUACCACAAAGACCAUUACACUUCCCCGACGGGCCUCCUCCUUGUCGACCAGUUCUACAGCCUUCUACCUCAAUACUACGCAACGGCUGCAUCUCUUGUAUUUCGUCAACGAAAAUGCAAACAACGUCGGCGUAUUGCCAGAGGUCUUCCUGGACCAGUUCCUUGCCUUGUCCAACGAAGACCUGCUCCUGUGCAGCGACUUCAUGCGCGACUUGUUCGGCUCCGACCUGGUUGUCGUUCCCGAAGACGCGCUCAAGGUCGUCGAAGUGAUUGGCGACAUUAUCGGCCAAGGGGAGUACUCUUGCUGCGAGAUCGCGCUGACAACUUGUAUGGAUGUUAUGCAGGGCUUUGUUUCUGUCUGGCCUGACGAGAAGCUUGAAGUAUCUGCGCGUAUUGGCGACUUGUACGCAUACCUGGUGCAACAGUCGUUGCCAAAGAACUCCCUAUCUGCAAAUGCACAAAUGGGCCUCGCCAAACUUCUCUACCGCUUGCUCGAGGUGAACUCGGCCUACGGCAGCGACCUCGGCCUGCCUUCGUGCCGGUCUACCCUGCUGUCCAUCUUACAAACGAGUGUCAUCCCCGUAAAAUACUUUGUUGGCAUGAACCUCCCGAAGAUCUUCGCCUUAUAUGUGCUCAAGGUGCACGAUGAUCUCUUUGUCGACAUCCUGGAGAGCCUCCCUUCGGACCCAACCUGGCCCGAAGGCAUCUCGCUCCGCCUGCUUGCUCUGGCUGAGCUUGCGCGCUCUUGGCCGACGCUUCUCCGCCGCUGUAUCUACCACAUCUUCGAGACACCUGGCCGCUUGAAGCAGUGCUCUGACUUUGCCACUCGAUGCCUUGCCAAAGUCGCAACGGCGCUCGCACUCGACUCGCCGCGGGACCUCUUCAAGCUCUUCGCCCCGCAGCUUCUGUACACCUGGCUAGAGCAUGACCUGAUCGAGGAGAUUCCCUAUAGCAUCUUUGGUUUCAGCAGUCUCGACGACAUGAUCGGCCAGGCUAAGACCGAGGCCACCGCGCUCAUGUUGAUGCGCGGCCAGGAGACUGAAGCGUUUGCGAUUGCAAAACGGCUCGACUUGAGCAAUGCGGACCUCAUUCAGCAGACGUUUGCCAAGGCCAUGGCCUACAGCGUGGCCCACGACGUAGCGAUGACCAAGGACAAGACACAGCCAACCUCCGAGAGCCGCAUACGGAAAGUACUGGGCCGGGACCGCUUUGUCGACGCCAUGUACUACCACCUCGCAGACAUUAUCGCCACUCUGUUCGACAUUAUUGACCAAGAAGAUCCCAUCGAAAAAUACUUCAGCAAGGAUCCAAUCCUCCAGUACGCGGCCGAUAUCAUGGCCGAGAUCAAGGCCUUCAACCACUCGCCCGUGAUUCUCCCGCCCAACCAGCAACCCAUGUUCAAGGCCAAAUUCUUGACCCGCGAACUGGCAUACAUCUGCAGCCGCACGGAGUAUGACUUGAGCACCCUCUGGACCCCGGCACUGGUUGUGUCUGUGGCCCGUAAACUCUUUAACACCAUCCGGCCAGCGCUAGGAUCACUACAUGCCUGUUCCGUGAUCCGAAAGGUUCGCGUACUCAUUUGUCUGGCUGGAGAGCAGGCGACCAGCUCGUAUCCGCUGGAGAUGCUUUUGCAUUCGGUCCGGCCGUAUGUGCAGGAUGCAGAAUGUGCAGACGACGCGCUCGGCAUCACAAAGUAUCUCAUUACUCGCGGCACGGGCCAUCUUACCCAGUUCCCCUCCUUUUACGCCGGCUACGCAGUGUCCAUGCUAGCCUCCUUGCGCAUGUUCCUGGAGUCUAGCCAGGCUAGCACAACGCAAGAGAGCCAGUUCAAAGCAACCAUGAGCAAGGCGCAGCAUUUCCAUGGCUGGUUUGCCAAACACUUGCGUGAGUAUGACUCGCCUGCCUUCCAAGACGAUGUCCAGCGUACAGCAUUCAAGUCCAUUACGCAGUCCGCUACACAGAUCCGGGCAUCUGGAAACGCCGAAAGGGGCACGCCGGAAAGCACCCUUUUGCUCGAAAUUUUCAAAGACGGAGAGCAAGAAGCCCGUCUGCUCAACGACUCGUCCCGUGAUCUGGUCCUGGGGAUGCUUUGCAGCGAUUUCCACGUCCCAGCGUCCAUUCGCGCCGACAUUAUCGAGACAGACCAAGACGCACGAGAUCACGGCGCAGUCGUUUGGAAGAGCUGUGGUGCAACGGCCUUGAGUAGAGAGUAUCUCAUAUGGGCUGGCCGCGUCGUUGGACGGUCGUUUGCCGCAUCCGGGACCAUCCAUGACGACCUCCUCCGCGAGUCCCGCCUCGACCAGUACCAAGGAGGUGCCGCAACUACUACGAGCUCCGAACAGGGUCUUCUUCGGCUUCUUGAGACCCUGACUAUGAAUGCGGAGUCGACGACGGCAGGUCUUGCUGAAUCAGCGCUGCGGACAAUUGUGUCACGGGCCGCCAUCUUGGGCGACAAUACUCUACAACUGGCGUGCCAGGACAGCCUGUCAGAGCCUUUGUUGAUUUCCUCGUCGUGGGGACAGUACCGGACACCUCCCUCUGACUUUGACGAUACUCUUUCGGCCCCAGAAGGCGCUGCAUUCGAACCUUUUAAAAUGAGCAACAUUGAACACGUCAAUUGGGCACAAGACCUGGCCGUCUACCUGGCCCAUUGCAUACCGGACGACGUCGUGCUUCGCGUGCUCCCUCCCAUCCUGACUAACGCCAAGGGUUUUGCAGAGCAGGUGUUCCCCUUUAUCGUGCAUCUGGUCCUACUGUUCCAGCUCGAGAAGCAGCAAACCGCCAAGCGCAGCCUCUCCGAGGCCGCUAAAGUGUGGCUGGCCUGCACCUCACCGACCGCACAGGAAAACGUUAAGCUUCUCAUCAACACGAUCGUCUACCUGCGGACUCAGGCUAUGCCCAACGAGAACUCCAUAGCUGAGCGACACAAAUGGCUGGAUAUUGACCUGUCCGUGGCAGCAGAAGCGGCAUCCCGAUGUGGCAUGUUCAAAAUUGCGCUUCUCCUUGCCGAGCUCGCGCUCACAGAGGUUGCCAAGCCAUCACGGAGGUCUUCGGGCGUUGUCAACUUAAAGGAUCUGGAAGCAACCGAACACACAGACCUCUUGCUGGACAUUUACGAAAACAUCGACGACCCCGACGCUUAUUAUGGGCUACCCCAAAGCCCCAGUCUCUCUAGUGUUCUGGCCCGUCUCGAAUACGAAAAGGACGGCAGCAAGACCCUUGCCUUCCGUGGUGCGCAAUACGACAGCCACCUACGCCGGCACAACGCCGUCGCAGCCAAAGAUGGACAGGCGCUCGUACAGGCGCUCAGCAACAUUGGUCUGUCUGGGCUGUCUCACUCCCUUCUCCAGACGCAGCACAGUGUGGAUGGCACCUCGGCGUCCCUGGACAGCACUUUUACCACGGCACGGCGACUGGGCAUGUGGAAUCUGCCGGUUCCUGCAGUCACCGAUAACCCAUCUGUCACUGUCUACAAGGCGUUUCAGGCCGUGCACCAGGCGACCGACCUCACGGCAGCACAGCAGGCCGUCUAUGAGGGCCUCGGCAACACGAUGAAGCAAGUGACCAGCCAAAGCCUGACAGUGUCCAGUCUCCGACAUCAGCUAGGCGCACUGGCCGCCUUGACUGAGCUUGACGACAUUUUGAACGUGAGAGAUGCAACAGAGCUCCAGAACAUGCUAGAUAAGUUUGAGGACCGUUCUAAGUGGAUGAUGAGCAAACAAUAUGACGACGUCAGCCAGCUGUUGUCUUACCGCGAAACAACUCUGAGUACAAUCAGCGAGCAGAGUUAUGUUAGAGGAAGUAUGAAAGUGUCGCCGGCAGAGGCGCGCCUAGUUGAGAUCAAGGGGCUCCUUCUCUCGUCCAGCAUUUACCGCUUCCACCACGCCAUGCAAGAGUCGCUCAAUGUGACGACGGCCCUCUCAGACCUCAUUGACCCGAGCGAGGCACUGGGCCUCAAUGUGGACGCCGCCAUUAAGGUGGAGACGUCCAGCUCGCUCUGGGACCACGGCGAAAUGCUGGCUUCGAUCCGCGUGCUGCAAAGCAUUGAUCGAGACUCGUCCCUCAAGAAGCAGAUGGUGCCCGUCAGCCGUUCGGAUCUCUUGUCUAAGAUCGGCUACCAAGUGUCGGUGGCACGCCUUGAGAGCGCCGACUCGAUCCAGAAAAAAUACCUUGAGCCGGCGCUCCGCGAGCUCAAGGGGCGUAACGAGGGCAAGGAAGCCGGGCGCGUGUUCCACCAGUUUGCCAUGUUCUGUGACCAGCAGCUGCAAAACCCAGACAGCCUUGAAGACUUGGCCCGUCUGCAGAGCCUGCGAGAGGGCAAGAGCAACGAAGUCAAGCAGCUACGGGAGUUGAUCGGCGAUGCCAAGGACUCGCAGGUGCGGCACAGAUACACAAGCCACCUUAACAAGGCGAAACUGUGGCUAGACCUCGAUGAGCAGGAGCUUCACCGGGUAGAGCAGACGCGCAACGAAUUUGUGAAGCUGUGUCUAGAGAACUACCUGCUGUCCCUCGCCGCGUCCGACGAGCACAACAACGACGCGCUGCGAUUUACGGCACUCUGGCUAGAGAGAUCGAGCGAGGACAGCACCAAUGAGGCGGUGGAGAAGUACUUGCGCAAAGUGCCGACGCGCAAGUUUGCGCCGCUGAUGAACCAGCUCACGUCGCGGCUGCAGGGCCAGACGGGGCUGUUCCAGAAGCUGCUGUUCGAUCUCGUGUACCGCAUCUGCAGCGACCACCCUUACCACGGCAUGUACCAGAUAUGGUCGGGCGUGCGGACGCGACCAAACCAAAAGGACGGCGUGGCCGUGCUGCGGCAAAAAGCGACAGAGCGGGUGGCCAAGCGGCUCAUGUUGCCCGAGUCCAACGUGGCGGCCAUCUGGCAGGCAAUUGACCGUACCAGCAAAUGCUACCACAUGCUGGCGGUGGAGCGGGACAGCAACUUCAAGGCCGGGCACCGCCUGGCGCUCAAGGAUUCACAGGCGGGCAACGGCCUCGUGCAAGGGCUGGCACGGUACACGAUCCCGCCACCGACCAUGGAGAUCCCGCUAGAAGCGGACAAGGUGUACGUCGGCAGGGUGCCUACGAUUGUGCGUCUGGAACCGACGAUGUCGAUUGCGCUGGGCGUGAGCGCACCCAAGAUCCUAACGGUUGUCGGCAGCAAUGGUGUGCGUUACAAGCAGCUGGUCAAGGGCGGCAAUGAUGACUUGCGGCAGGACGCCAUCAUGGAGCAGGUGUUUGCGGCGGUGUCGGCGCUCCUCAAGCUGCAUCGGACGAGUCGGCAGCGCAAUCUGGGCAUCCGCACGUACAAGGUACUGCCGCUGACGGCGUCGUCGGGGUUGAUUGAGUUUGUGCCUAACACGAUCCCGCUGCACGAAUACCUGAUGCCAGCACACGAGCGCUACUACCCGCGCGACCUCAAGGGCUCGCAGUGCCGCAAGGAGAUUUCGAAUGUGCAGACGCGGCCGGUCGAAACACGCAUCAGCACAUACCGCAAGGUGACGGAGCGUUUCCAUCCGGUGAUGCGGUACUUCUUCCUCGAGUACUUCCCCGACCCGGACGAGUGGUUUGUGCGCCGCCUCGCCUAUACACGCGCGACGGCAGCCAUCUCGAUGCUCGGCCACGUGCUCGGCCUCGGCGACCGGCACGGACACAACAUUUUGCUGGACUCGAAAACGGGGGAGGUGGUGCACAUCGACUUGGGUGUGGCGUUUGAGAUGGGCCGCGUGCUGCCGGUGCCGGAGCUGGUGCCAUUCCGGCUGACGCGUGACAUUGUGGACGGCAUGGGCAUCACAGGGACCGAGGGCGUGUUCCGACGGUGCUGUGAAUUUACGCUGGACGCGAUGCGCGAAGAGACGUACUCGAUCAUGACGAUCCUCGACGUGCUUCGGUACGAUCCACUGUACUCGUGGUCGAUCUCGCCGGUGCGUCUGGCCAAGCUGCAGGAUGCGCGCUCGCGGACGGAUGAGGCAGCGGCAGCGGCAGCGGCAGCGGCGGCAGCGGCUGAAGGUGGAGGCGGCGGUGCAGACGACCCCGACACCGACACUCGCAACCGAGCUGUCCUCAACGAGCCGUCGGAGGCCGACCGGGCGCUGGAGGUUGUGCGCAAGAAGCUGUCGAAGACGCUGAGCGUGGCGGCGACCGUCAACGACCUGAUUAAUCAGGCCACGGACGAGCGGAAUUUAGCCGUUUUGUAUUCGGGUAAGCUGCGCAUCCUUUCCUGUCUUGAUUAUGACUAUGUGAUUCUAACUGAGAAAUAG